AUGACGCUCUGGAGCGCCAUCCUGAGAGCGCGCUCGCGCGCUUCUAAUCGCCACGCAUCUUACGAGCCGCCUGCAAGUGGUUGGUGGACCUGCGAACGUCGGCUGCACCUGACGGCCGCCACCUGUACCGCUUCCGCCGGCGCCAAGGUGCCUCCCCGGAACCGGAACCGGAGGUCGGCGGACCUCUUGGCGGAGAUGCCGCUCUGCGAGCUCCAAGUUGCAGACCCGCAGAAUCUCGAAAAGAAGACCGGCAAGAGCUCUCAAAAGGACCAUGUUUUAUCUACCGAGCCAGAGGACGAGUUUCUGACGGUGUGUCUCUUGGGGGAAGGGCGGACUUCCUGCCAGCCGAACCUGUUCUGCGGACCCGGAAGCAAGUUCCGCGUCGUUUCGUCGGACGAUCAGGACCCGGUUCAAGAUUACGACGUCCAUAUAGUCGGACAUGAGCUCGCAGCGGAUCUAGAGGGGAUAUGA